AUGCGUCUACAAACAGUUGCGGAUGAAAUCCGUUGCAAGACCUUCCCCAUGUUUCUGAAGGGGAGGGCCCGGCUUUGGUUUCAGGGUCUGGCACCGGGGUCCAUCCGAAGUUUUUCCGAACUGGCCAGGCAGUUCGUCGCCCAGUUCGUCUCUUCGAAGACUUAUUCGAAGAACGCGGCUCACCUGAUGGCAAUCAGGCAGAAGCCGGACGAGUCCCUGAGAAAUUUCAUGGCCCGUUUCAACACGGAGAGCCUGCAAAUCCGGGACAAGGAUGAAAAGGUGGUGAUGGCCGCCUUCAUGAACGGGCUCAGGGCAGAGGAGCUCUUCUACAAGCUGGCCGAGAAGCCUCCCGGAGACCUGGAGGAACUCUUAACCAGGGCGCACACAGCCGCUAAUGCAGAGGAGGCGGCACGCCUGAAGAGAGAGUCAGAUCGGGAGCUCGGAAAAUGGAGAGGACGGGAAAAUCCCCCCGAAAACAAGGACGGCCUAGUCAGGAAGAACAUUUUUGACCGACUCUCAAAGGAGAAAGCCCCCGCUCAACCGCCGCUUCGGAAAAAAGGGUACACCCCCCUGAAUCGGCCCAGAACCCAGAUCCUGGCCGUUAUGGAGGCGGAUGGCCUAGGAGAACGGCCGCCUAAGAUGGGGACACCCCGGAACAAGAGAAAUCAGGAUCGAUACUGUGCCUUCCACCGUGACGUCGGGCAUCACACGGAGGGGUGCUGGACCCUGCUGAAGGAGAUCGAGGAUCUGAUCCAGCCGGCUUCCUGGGACGAUUUGUACGGCAAGGUCGACCAGGCCAGGAGUCAGGACGUACCUACCGCAGAGACAUGGGCGAGGGUCAGCGUCGCGACCGCCUUGAGCGGCGUAAUAUUCCUCGGGGCCACUCCCCCGACCAGGACACUCAGAACCUGGCCGGAGUGA